AUGAGUAUGUAUUUAGUUUUACACAUUUCUUUUAAAUUAUUAAUAUUUAUAUUUAAAUUGGCAAAAUUAAUAUUAAAGUUUUAUGAUUGUAUUUUUCAAUUUCAGAUGAAGUAGGAUGUGUGGAUCCAAAGGAAUGCUAUAAAUAUUGCCAAAAUGAAGUUAGUUGUUCUAAUACUGCUUAUCCACGUUUGGUAUUGGAGAUAAUGCCUUCUGGCUGCAUUUUGGGCAUUAUUGUUGGGAUUUAUGGUAGGAGUUACUCGGAUGAUAUUGGAUUUUGUUUAUCCUGAACCUCCCUGCGGAAAACCAGAAACUCGUCCAUUUAUAUUAUAUAAAGUACAUUAUAUGUACUUUGCAAUGCUUUUAUUUUGGUUAACAGGUAUUAUUUCAAUGGUCAUAAGUUAUAUGUCUGAACCACCAGAAUCAUUCAGACUAAUAAGAACAACAUUUUGGACAAGAUAUAAUACGCAAGAUCGUUUUGAUGAUAAAGAAAAUAUGGAAAUGAAAAGAGCUGAAGAACUAAAACAUAAAAUAGCCGAUGAAAGCAAAGAAGAAAAAGAAUAUCCAAAGGAAAGAAUAUCAAAACUGAAAAGAUUUUAUAAUUGGUUUUGUGGGUACAACACAUCUCCAGAAGGAGAAAAAUCUGAAGAAGAAUUUUAUGAGCAUCUCUCAAAUAUUGCAUCCUUAAAGCAGGAAAGACAUGAAAAAGUCAUUCUGUAUAUAUUUCUUCUAUUUGUGCUUUCGACAGCAAUAGUAAUGUUUUUAUAUUUUUCAAUACCAUAGUUAUUUAUUGCCAAGAAUAUAGUAUCAGAUUUUCUAGUUUCACAUAGAUAAUUAAAUAAUUUAAGAUAUUCUUUAUUUUUCAUAUGUAAAAAUUACAUAUCUCAUUGCUUUUUUUCAUUCCAUUUAAUAUAACAUGCAAUUAUAUGUUGUAUACAGUUCAUUCAACUUUCAAAAAUCCAGACAUCUUAUGGAGUAAUUGCUUGCAUAGAUGUAAAAUAAUUUAUCCAUUCAGAUUAGUAAUUUUAUUUAUUCCAUAGAACAACAAGUUAUACAUAAACAAGUUUAAUAACAACAGUUAACUAAUUAUAGCAAAGGUGUUCAAUUAUAUGUAUAAUAUAUAUAAUUUUUAACAUAACCUUAAACUGAAUGUAUUGAAUAGGAUAUUUGUGAUAAUUUUCUGAAAUAUGUGAUUGUGAUUGCCAUUACAGGAGUUGAUGUUGGAAGUUUUGGUAGUUUGGAUUAUUGAGAGUCCAAAUUUUAGAGAAUUGCAUCUAUAUAAUAUAUUUUAUUAUUGAAUAAUAAUCAAUAUUUUGUGUUUGUGAUUAGAUCAUUUAUUAAUUAUUGAUUUCAAUUAUAUACUGGUAUAUGUAUAUUUUGUUUGUAG